UCCAAUCAUCAUCAAUGUCGAAGCAGUCGAGCCCACCGGAAGCGGAAGUUGCUGCAGCCGUGCUGCUCGCGCCGCUGCUGACGCGCUUAAACUUGUUGCAUAACAACAACAACAGCAGCGUCUCACAAUGCUCGAAUGUCAAAUUAGUGUUUUUUUGAGAAGACAAAUCAGCAUUUAAACGCUUUCUGCCGGGCACAGAUAUGACAGAAAUGGCAGUGGACUGAUCUGAGACCGUUUCACAGGUCACUGAAGCACAAUAUUCUUCCCAAGAGACGGUAAAAGCAGGAAGGAUUGGAUAUUCAAGGUUUUUUAACCUUGAUUUGUCCCGCUGAUAUUGCAUUAAUUUAAUGGAUAUUUGUCCAUUGUUCCAGGCAUAAAUGAUAAGUUUUCCCUCUAUGCCCAUGAAGGCCGUGUUUCAGCAUAGGCUUCAGAAAUUGAGGCAUUUUAGAGGAGUCCAUCAGUCUGUGUUUAGGUAUUUUCGUCACAUUUAAAUAGUCCGGUCUCCACGUUUUUGUCAAGAUGGAGUCCUACCUCUUCCCCUUCGACAGCCUGAUCUGUAUGCUCUUGGGCAUCUCCUUCACGGUGUGGUUCACCCUUCUUCUGGUGUUCAUCAUCGUACCUGCAAUCUUCGGUGUGUCCUUUGGGAUCCGCAGGCUGUAUAUGAAGUCCCUCAUUAAGCUAUUUGAGUGGGCGACCUUAAGAAUGGAGCGAGGAGCUAAGGAGAAGAAUCAGCACCUCUACAAACCCUACAGCAAUGGGAUUAUUGCUAAAGAGCCAGUGUCCCUCGAACAGGAGAUCCAUGAAAUGAGGCGUGGCGGUGCAGAGCCUGAAUUUGACAUGUCUGACAUCUUCUAUUUCUGCCGGCGAGGUGUGGAGAGCAUCGUCGAUGACGAAGUGACCAAGCGCUUCACGGCGGAGGAGCUGGAGUCCUGGAACCUGCUGACUCGAAGCAACUACAACUUCCACCACAUCAGCACCAGGCUCACGGCACUCUGGGGAGUGGGAGUGCUCAUCCGAUACGGCUUUCUCCUGCCACUCAGGGUCACGCUUGCUUUCACCGGUGUCGGUCUUCUCGUAGUUCUGACGUCAGUCGUUGGCCUGUUUCCAAAUGGAAGAAUGAAGAAUUAUCUCAGUGACAAGGUUCAUCUGAUGUGUUACCGGAUCUGUGUAAGAUCCCUCACGGCCAUCAUCACCUACCAUGACAGUGAAAAUAAACCCAAAAACGGAGGAAUCUGUGUGGCCAAUCAUACCUCACCUAUCGACGUCAUCAUUCUGGCCAGUGACGGAUGCUACGCUAUGGUGGGUCAGGUCCAUGGUGGUCUGAUGGGGGUCAUUCAGAGGGCGAUGGUGAAGGCCUGUCCUCACAUCUGGUUUGAGAGGUCUGAAGUGAAGGACCGACACCUAGUGGCCAAACGAUUAAGUGACCACGUUGCAGACACAAGCAAACUGCCAAUCCUCAUAUUCCCAGAAGGAACUUGUAUUAACAACACUUCAGUCAUGAUGUUCAAGAAGGGAAGCUUUGAGAUCGGCAGCACUGUUUACCCUGUGGCUAUAAAGUAUGACCCUCGUUUUGGUGAAGCGUUCUGGAACAGCAGCAAGUUUGGGAUGGUGAACUACCUGCUGCACAUGAUGAGCAGUUGGGCCAUUGUGUGUAGCGUCUGGUACCUUCCACCAAUGAGCCGUAUGGAAGGGGAGGACGCUGUGCAGUUUGCCAAUAGGGUCAAAGCGGCCAUCGCUAGAAAGGGAGGACUGGCUGACUUGUUAUGGGAUGGUGGUUUAAAACGAGGGAAAGUUAAAGAAGUUUUCAAGGAGGAACAGCAGAAACUUUACAGCAAGGUUUUAGUGGGCAGCAGCGAAGACCGCAGUCCCUCUUGAAGACGCAGCUGUCUGCUUGACUUUACACAUGCUGUUCGGUGCUUACAGCGAGAGCCUGGACCCUCAGUGGAUGCAGUGCGGCCCUAAACUGGCCCCUUCCUGAACCUGCUCAGACUGAACUGUAGAACUGAACUGAUGAAGUCAUUGUGAGUUGGUGGGAAAACUGCGUUGCCAGACCCUCGGCUCACUGCUGCGCCUCAGGAGCUUUUGCAUCAUUGCACGAAAGUGCCUGUGGCAUUCAAUUCCUGGGCUGACUAUGAUUUCAGUUUGGAGUGAGAGUUACACAUGGCAUACUUGAGUGAAUUUUUUUUCCCUUCACAGUCUGUUACAGUUUUGAAUAUUUGUGCUGUUACUAUAAUGCAUGAUGUCCCAGGAGAAGAAUGAGUGGAAGAGUUUGAAGUGAUUUAUUUAAGCUUGUAAAAAAAAAAUCAGAGGAAAAGUUGAAAGGAUGGUGUGCGUAGAACUUUAGUGUUUGUAGAACCAUGAAGAACAAUAUCUGUUAAGUGUCUAGCUGCUCAGCGUUCAUCUCCUCAUGGCAGCCUCUCUAGUGUGCUGUUUGUUCUUUUUUUUUUGUAUACAUUUUUUUUUUUUAAACUGAGUUAAUUUCUACUUUUAAUUCGUACAUUCAAUCUAUCAAGCUAGUAAAAAGAUAAUACUUUUUUUCUCCCA